AUGGGCAAUUACCGGUUUAGGCUGUCAGAUAUGAUGCCAAAUGCCUGGCUUUACAAGCUCAGAGAAAUGAGUAAAUCUAGAAACCAGAAAAUGAUACGCCCCACCAGUAAGAAACUGCAUCAGACAUCAUCAUCAUCAUCAUCAUUGGCCUCAUCAUUAUCAUCAUCCAACAUUGCAGCACCAGGCCUGUCAUCCCAAACAGCAGGGCCUCCGCAGCAUCCCCACCUCUCCUCUCAAAGAAAAUCCUAUUACUUUACCAGAGAUCUAUGCACUCCACCACCACCACCUGAUGAUCAUGAUCACGGAUUCUACGACCAACAUGACGACCACGUUACUAGAAGCUCACCACCGAGAAAAUCAUCCAGAGAAAAGCGUACCACCACAAGCAGAAACAGAGCAAUAUCAUCAUCCAAUGACACUACUAGUCCCAGUCCCCGGCCGGCGAGGUCCUCCGUCGUCCCUGCGGAAUGCAGCUGCAGGGCCACCAUCCCAUCGGUCUGCACGACUGAGCCCGAUUCAACAACCCCUGAAGAGUACCCGAAUCCUCCCCCCGAUUGUCCCUCCUCCGAUGAUCAAUCGCUUGAAUUUUGCUCUACCCGCGGCACCCCUGCCGAAACAACUGUCCAGGGCAUGGUCUCAGGGUCAGUUUCUGGUCGGUGCAAAUCAGUCGAAAACAGGGCUGCUCUCUUGAACCAACCAGAAUUGAUCAAAAAUGUUAGUGAGCCUUGUUCGGCUGCUAAGCUCGGGGGUUUCAGCAUUGAAGUCUCUGAAAUACUCGAUCUCCCUCCAAUUAUGACCAAUAAGCCACCCUGCAGCAACAUCAGCAAGGAGAGAGAAGAAGGGGAUUAUGAGCCAAGCUGCAGGCUGAGGGGAAGUGAGUACGGGUCUUUGUCCGUCAAAGUGGCCAAGGAUGACAUUCUUAGGAGUAGGAGUAAUAAUGCUCGUCCUUUCAAAGACCACAAGAAGACUGGUUGUCCUGCUCCUCCGGCGGCAACAGUUUCGGUGAGUUCGUCAUCGCCGGGGGCCGGGGGUCUCAAGCUCAGAACAAACUCUCCCAGAAUUGCAAACAUGAGGAUUCAAUUUCAAGCCCGCAAAAGCUUGUCAUCGUCGCCGUCGUCUUCUUCUUCUAGGAGUAGGAGCAGGAGCAGGAGGAGGAGGAGGAGGAGCGUGUCGGAGAGCUUCGCGGUCGUGAAGUCAUCCAAGGAUCCCCAGAGUGAUUUCAGGGAGUCAAUGAUGGAAAUGAUUGUGGAGAACAACAUUUGCGCAUCCAAAGACUUGGAAGAUCUUCUGGCCUGCUAUCUGUCCUUGAACUCAGACCAGUAUCACGACUUGAUCAUCAGGGUCUUCAAGCAAAUUUGGUUUGAUAUUGUGGGUCUUCAUCACCCCAACUGAUUCCCCCCACUCAUCCCUUUUCAUUUCCUCUGAAUUUCUAUUCUUCUU